GCAAGAUGGCGGCCGGGCUUCGGCCGCUGCCCCGGGUCUGGCCGAACUCGGGGUUAUCAGGCUGAGGCGGCGGCAGCUGCGGCCGGGACCCCGAGCGCGGGGCCCUCGAACGGAUAAAGAUCUCCGUCCAGCGGAAACCCAACUCCUCUGAAGCCAGAGGCUGCACGAGGUCACUGAUGGUCACCUAGCAUCUCUGCUGCACAGGCAGGUCCUCAGGGCUCGUGUCAGAUUGCAGACAUGUUCACUGUAUCUCAGACCUCCAGAGCAUGGUUCAUCGACAAGGCCCGGCAGGCACGAGAAGAAAGGCUGGUGCAAAAGGAGCGGGAGCGCUCGGCCGUGAUGGUUCAGGCUCUGGUCCGCAGCUUCCUCUGCCGGAGACAGCUGCACAGAGACCUCAGGAGAGAGAUAGAUGAGUUUUUUAAUGCCGAUGAUGCUGGCUCAAGUAAAAGAAGUGCACUUUGUAUAUUUAAGAUUGCCAGGAAGCUGCUGUUUGUAUAUAAAACUAAGGAGGAUAGUGAGAGGUUGGAAAAGUUGUGUCGGAGCAUCCUGAGCAGCAUGGAUGCAGAGAAUGAGCCGAAGGUAUGGUACGUGUCCCUGGCUCUUUCCAAGGACAUCACUCUGCUGUGGAUUAAGCAGGUCAAGAGCAUCCUGUGGUACUGCUGUGAGCUCCUUGGACAGCUCAAGCCAGAAAUCUUACAAGACUCCAAGCUCAUCACGCUGCACCUCACCAUGCUUGUCACCUUCACAGACAAUUCAACAUGGAAGAUUCUCCGGGGAAAAGGUGAGAGCCUUCGGCCAGCCCUAAACCACAUCUGUGCAAAUAUAAUGGGCCAUCUGAACCAGCAUGGAUUCUACUCUGUGUUGCAGAUACUGCUGACCCGAGGCCUGGCCAGAGCCCGGCCCUGUCUGUCCAAGAGCACUUUAACAGCGGCCUUCUCCCUGGCACUGCGCCCUGUAGUUGCUGCGCAGUUCUCAGACAAUCUGAUGCGGCCCUUUGUCAUCCACAUCAUGUCGGUACCAGCUCUCGUGACUCACCUCAGCACAGUGACCCCCGAGCGUCUUGGUGUUUUAGAGUCCCAUGACAUGCUUCGCAAGUUCAUCGUCUUCCUGAGAGACAGAGACCGAUGCCACGAUGCUUGUGAAAGUUUAGAAGGCUGCCAUACCCUGUGUCUCAUGGGCAACCUGCUACACUUGGGCUCCCUCAACCCUAAGGUGUUAGAGGAGGAAACAGAUGGGUUUGUGAGCUUGCUCACACAGAUGCUGUGCUACUGUCAGAAGUACGUGUCCCAGAAGAAGUCCAACCUGACCCACUGGCACCCUGUGCUCGGCUGGUUUUCCCAGUCUGUGGAUUACGGCCUUAACGAGUCCAUGUACCUGAUCACCAAGCAGCUGCAGUUCCUGUGGGGGGUGCCGCUCAUCCGCAUUCUCUUCAGUGACAUCCUCAGCAAGAAGCUGCUGGAGCACCCGGAGCCAGCCCCUGCCCAACCGUCAUCCCCACAGAACGUGCUCCCAGUGAAGAGUCUCCUCAAGCGAGCGUUUCAGAAGUCAGCUUCAGUUCGGAACAUCCUGAGGCCUGUUGGGGGCCGCCGCGUGGACUCCGCUGAGGUGCAGAAGGUCUGCAGCAUCUGUGUGCUCUACCAGACCUCGCUGACUACCCUCACCCAGAUCCGCCUGCAGAUUCUCACAGGUCUUACGUACCUUGAUGACCUGCUGCCUAAGCUGUGGGCUUUUAUCUGUGAGCUGGGGCCCCAUGGAGGGCUAAAGCUCUUCUUGGAGUGCCUGAACAAUGACACUGGAGAGUCCAAGCAGCUCCUGGCCAUGCUGAUGCUAUUCUGUGACUGCUCACGGCACCUUAUCACCAUCCUCGAUGACAUUGAAGUUUAUGAAGAACAAAUCUCAUUCAAGCUGGAAGAACUGGUCACAAUCUCCUCUUUCCUCAAUUCCUUUGUGUUCAAGAUGAUCUGGGAUGGAAUUGUAGAGAACGCCAAGGGUGAGACCCUGGAGCUGUUCCAGUCUGUCCACGGGUGGCUGAUGGUGCUGUAUGAGCGAGACUGCCGAAGGCGCUUUGCUCCUGAGGACCACUGGCUGCGAAAGGAUCUCAAGCCUGGCGUGCUCUUCCAGGAACUUGACAAGGACCGCAAGAGGGCCCAGCUGGUCCUGCAGCACAUCCCCCAUGUUGUCCCUCAUAAGAACAGAGUGCUCCUGUUCCGAAACAUGGUUACCAAAGAGAAAGAGAAGCUGGGGCUUGUGGAAACCAGCUCUGCCUCCCCUCACGUCACCCACAUCACUAUCCGAAGGUCACGGAUGUUGGAGGAUGGCUAUGAACAGCUCCGGCAGCUUUCCCAGCACGGCAUGAAGGGUGUGAUCCGAGUGAAGUUUGUCAACGACCUUGGGGUGGAUGAAGCUGGGAUUGACCAGGACGGUGUCUUUAAGGAGUUUCUGGAGGAGAUCAUCAAGAGGGUGUUUGACCCAGCGCUCAACCUGUUCAAGACAACCAGCGGGGAUGAGAGGCUGUACCCCUCGCCCACAUCCUACAUCCAUGAGAAUUACCUACAGCUCUUCGAGUUUGUGGGGAAGAUGCUGGGAAAGGCCGUGUAUGAGGGGAUCGUGGUUGACGUGCCGUUUGCCUCCUUCUUCCUGAGCCAGAUGCUCGGGCACCACCACAGCAUCUUCUAUAGCUCCGUGGACGAGCUUCCUUCACUGGACUCGGAGUUCUAUAAAAACCUCACCUCUAUCAAGCGCUAUGAGGGAGACAUCGCUGACCUCGGGCUGACGCUAUCUUAUGAUGAGGACGUCAUGGGCCAGCUUGUCUGCCAUGAACUGGUUCCUGGAGGGAAGACCAUUCCUGUUACAAAUGAAAAUAAAAUUAGUUACAUCCAUCUGAUGGCACAUUUUCGAAUGCACACUCAAAUCAAAAACCAGACAGCUGCUCUCAUUAGUGGCUUCCGUUCCAUCAUUAAGCCGGAGUGGAUCCGAAUGUUUUCUACCCCUGAGCUUCAGCGUCUCAUCUCUGGGGACAACGCUGAGAUCGAUCUGGAAGAUUUAAAGAAGCACACGGUGUACUACGGCGGCUUCCACGGGAGUCAUAGAGUCAUCAUCUGGCUCUGGGAUAUUCUGGCUUCUGACUUCACACCCGAUGAAAGAGCCAUGUUCCUGAAGUUUGUGACCAGCUGCUCCCGGCCCCCGCUCCUAGGAUUCGCCUACCUCAAGCCUCCGUUCUCCAUCCGCUGUGUGGAAGUGUCAGAUGACCAGGACACUGGGGAUACCCUGGGCAGCGUCCUCAGGGGCUUCUUCACCAUCCGCAAGCGGGAGCCAGGUGGGCGGCUGCCCACUUCUUCCACUUGCUUCAACCUGCUCAAGCUGCCCAACUACAGCAAGAAAAGCGUCCUCCGAGAGAAACUGCGCUAUGCCAUCAGCAUGAACACAGGCUUUGAGCUCUCCUAGCCCAACCCCUGUCUCAUCUACCAGCCCCGAGGGCACCCAGACUACAGAGCCCUUCAGCUCCUGGAGGCAACAUGCCCCUGGGAGUGGGGCCAGGUUACUUCAGCCCUCACACCCUCUCAAUAGCCAUGAGACACCCAAGCUUGGGGUGCACAGCACCCUUAGGGUGCUGGGGAGGGAGGGCUGUUGAAAAUAAAGCCCAGUUCUGCCCACACAGGUCCUCUCCCUGCCUCCUGGGGCCUGAAACCUGGACCUGUGAUUGCAGAGGGACUCCUGGUAGUUGUGUGGGGGCAGUUCUGAAGUUCUGUCUUCCCUUGCCCUCUGAGUACACAAAGCCUGUGCCUGUGAGCUCCUCCUCCCAUUCUCAAAACUCAGGUACGGCCUCACCAAGCCUCUAUGCACGGCAAAGACCCUGCGUCUACCCUGUCCACAGCAGCCUCUUGCCAGGCAACCAAGCCCAGCUCCUGCCAGGGAGGCUGCUGAGCACAGUCAGGGUCUCGUACAGGGAUCCAGGUGUUUCACACCACAGCCCUCCCUCCCAAGCCCUCAGCAGGCCACACUGUCAGGGAACCCUUGCUGUUGGCUCCUGGCCUGUGCAUCAGUGUCUGAGUUUGGGAGAGACCCCUGCCACUCCUGACAAACAGCCCCAUUUCUGGGGUACCCAGAGCCUGUUCUCUCUAUGUGUCUGCCCUUUGUUACCUUAUGGAGAACCACAUGGGAGCCUAGAGUGCCCAGUGCUCUGGGCAGUACUUCAUUCCAGGGACUGAGAAGCCCAUCCUCUUGCACUGACAGGCCCCAGAGGCUGAGGCUAUAUACCGCACACCUCCACACUGCCUCUGUUGGCUCUGUGCUCUUGUUUUGCACUUAAUUUUGUUUUCCCACCCAUCGAAAUUCUGGGCCCUCCUUUUCUCCGCUUAUCGGAAGAACUUCCUCCAUUUCAGGAUGUUGAGGCAGAGGCUUAGUGAUCUGGUAGCACCCAUGCAUCUCCUGCCUCAUGCAGUUCUUGCAUCUCCACCCCCUGGUGAAGGCCAGGCGUCUGGUCCCUCCUCCACUCUGUGGAGCCAGCUUAGGGUAGCAUCGCUCAAAGCAAGGAAACUCCUCCCAGCAGGAACCUGUGCGCUUCAGUGAGGAACAAAAGACCUCCAGGCUUCUGGAGAGCAGCGCCGGCUUUACUUGGAUGGAAGGCUGUCAAGGUCCUUGGAAGAUGUCUGCCACCCAUGUGUGUACCCAGCUCGCCCAAAGAUUCCUGUACCCCAUGCACAGCCUGCAUGAGUAAUACAGAACCUGAGAGUUACAGCAGGGACAUGGGGAGGGUGAGUUAGAAGCCCAACAUCAACUUGACCUGUUUGCUUUUGACCUAGGGUUGUCUGAAGUUCACUAGAGCCUGCUUUCCCACAGUUCCAUCACAGUAUCCAAGCACCAAUCUGUGUCCUGCUGCUGUUCACUGACACCCCAGCAGCUCUUGGUGGUUCCAAAAAGGAGUGGGAUUUUUGUUUUCGUAGGUAAUUAUGGACUACGAUGUGUCAGGGCUUUAUUAAAUUUGUACUUGAGCACGUGA